CAAAGUAAUGGAACUGUUUUAUGAUCUCUUAAACGCAUUCAUCUGUUCCACUGCAAUUAGGCCCCUAUUGGCAAUUUGCCUCAGCGACUAAACAGACAAGGAGAUCACCAUGUCGAAUUCAGACGUGAGCAGUACGAAAGACUGGAUGUCGGGAAUACCUGACGACUAUUCACUAACUAAUCUUUCUAUACCAGGCACUCAUGAGACGAUGAGCCUGUACGGUGGGCCUCCUAAACAGUGCCAAACGAUGAGCUUAAGCCAACAGUAUGACGCCGGGAUUCGCUUUGUCGACAUCCGCUGUCGGCAUUACAACGACGAGUUGCCCAUCUUUCACGACGAGGUUCCGCAGCAGGCAAACUUCAGCGAGGUGUUAAAGUCCACAACGGAGUUCUUAGACCUUCACCCAACGGAGGUGAUCCUGAUGCGCCUCAAGGAGGAAUACAAGCCCAAAGACAACACUCAGACAUUUGCCCAAACUGUCCAGGGGUAUGUCGAACAUUACCCUAGGGAGUCGGUCUAUCGAGGGGAGAGUUACCCUACCAUGAAAGACGUCAGAGGCAAGUUGGUCAUCCUUCGUGACUAUGACGGCCCUGCUGACUUCGGAUUGCCGUACGCCGAUCUCGAUGUGGAAGACCUCUGGCAAGUACCGAGCCUUUUUCCGGAAGACAUCGGCAGAAAAUGGAAUGCCACGCGCGACCAACUUGAGACAGCUUCGCAAGGACCGAUCGACACUGUCCUGUAUCUGACCUACAGUAGCGGGGCCAGUGCCUUCGCCUUUCCCGAGGCCAUCGCGGAGAGGAUUAAUAGGUAUUUGAGUGACUUCUUGAGCAGAAAAGCGAGAUGGGGGAUGGUUGCUAUGGAUUUCCCGGAUGCUGCACUAAUCGACAAAAUCAUCAACUCAAACGUAUAGAGAUACUCUCAAAGCAUUUUAAGGAUCCUUUAUAGGGACCCCUUUCCACAUGAUGAACUUUCGUUUUUUCUGCAUGUAGGCCUACUUCUAAAAAAAAUUAAAGUCCAGUAUUUCAAGUAUAACACUACAGUAUUUUUGAAUUAGUAUGCUAUACCAUAGAGCAAGGAACAGUAUACAAAGUGUUAUUAUGACACUACGGUUGUUAGGGCUCGCUUCGUGUACGUUCAAUUCAAAAGACCUCCAUGCAUUCCCAAUGGAACCGGUGAACAAAGCAAGUGUCCCCGGUGUCAACUCAAGCGAUGAAAAUACAUUUGUAUUUAAAAUCGUCCGUGCAUGAACCUUGUUGGAGAAGUUAACAAAUUUAGUUCACUAAAUCAGUACAAUGUGUAAGCUCUAUACCAUGAUGGUGAUCGUACCAUGGCGUUAUGAUCGGUGUGAAACUGUAGAAGUUCACGGUGUUGACUUUGGACUCACGCUGACCUAAAAGUUUGUUGUCGCUGUGUGUGGUACGGCAAAACUGAGCUAAAAAUAAAUACUUAAUGGAAUGAUCACAACUCGUGACAGUGAUGUGCUUUUUAAAGGUAUCCGGGUUUUGUGCUAUAGAGUAGGGCCUAUGUUACUGUGGGGGAAAUGUACUUCCUCAUCAGUUAUUGUAUACAAUUAAAUCUGUACAAUGAGUAUAGCUCCUACCGCGAAACAUAUCCUUGACAUAUGAUCGGUGUGAAACUAGAAGACUUAGUUCACAUUGUUCACAUGGAUUCACGCUGACCUAAACGUUUGUUGACAACUUGCGUUGAGGAAUUUCACGCAACGUGGUCACCCACACGCCCGCCAUAUUGGACGUCUAUACAGUUGCAGACUAGUAAAUAAACUAAACUGAACAAGGACAGCAAAGGGAAGAACAACCUGGAGAGGUCUGACAGAGGGCUACAUCCUGCAGUGAAUGGACGACGCCGUCACGUUAAAGAAGUAACAAUGCAGAAGAUGUUUCUAUUCAUUUGGCUUGCAAUGAUCAACGUUGCCACAGCAUUGAACACUAAAGAUUGGAUGUUCCGAAUACCCGACAAGUAUUCGACGACAAACAUAUCGAUGCCGGGCACCCACGAGUCGAUGAGUCGAUACGGAGGGGAGACCACACAGUGUCAGAACACAUCGCUCACCCAGCAGUUCGACAACGGGAUCCGCUUUGUCGACAUCCGCUGUCGACACCUCAACGACGAGUUGCUGAUCUUUCACGGCCCAGUGCCCCAGAGGGCGACUUUUGACGAUGUCCUGAAGGCCACGACUGAGUUUCUGGCCGCACAUCCCAAAGAAGCUGUCUUCAUGCGCGUUUCAGAAGAGUACACACCGGAAAACAACACCAAGACCUUCGCUCAGGCUGUCCAGAUCUAUGUAGAUCGCUACCCAAUCGGGGCACUCUACAAAGGGAAAGGAUACCCUCCCAUGAGUGAAGCCAGAGGUAAGCUGGUCGUCUUAAGAGAUUACGGCGGUCCAGCUACCUUCGGCCUUCCCUACGGUGAUAUGGAUAUCGAAGACCAAUGGCAAAUUGAAGAUCUGUCCAAGGAGGAGAUCCAGAAGAAGUGGAAUGCCGUGCGCGGCCAUCUUGAAAAAGCCCAACUGGGACCUACCGGCACGAUGUACCUGACUUACAGUAGUGGGGCCGGUGUCUUCGCAUGGCCUGACGAUGUUUCUGAACGGCUGAACAAAAUGUUGGCUGGUUACCUGGGCGAUAGUAAGGCAAAAUGGGGGAUGAUAGCUAUGGAUUUUCCCAAUGCCAAACUGAUUGACAUGAUUAUUGAUUCUAACGUCUGAAGUGAACUGAAUGUUUAAUGCAAAAUAUAUAACUAAUACCUGAUCUAUCAAAGUUAGCAAUAUUGAAAUGGUUUACAUUGAUGAUUAUUGUCAAAAUUUGGGCUUUUCCCAAAUCUGAUUUAAAAAAGAAGGACUAUUUUCUACCGAAAUGUCAAUUUAUCUAAAUGUGAAAAUUGUACCGGUGUUUCUCCGUCAAGCGAUGCAACCAAGAAUUGUUUUUCCAGAAAAGUAUUGUUUCAAAAAUCAGAAUGUACUUCCUUAUCCUUCACGGGAACAUGUACAGUAUUACAUUAUGGUGUAUACAAAUCCAGAAGUAACGUCAAACAAUUAUACUUCGACAUGUUUCCUUUCGACUGAUACAACUUUUAUUAAUAUAUUAGACGAAUGUGAAACAAAAACCAACGCAAACAGCCGACAUUAGUUUUGCUACUUUAAUUUCCAUUCUUAACUUGAAAACAAAUAAAUAAAAGUUCGUCGUCCUGGUGCUAAGUUUACACGCGGAGAAGAAAAAUGAAUGUGGAAUGGAAUGGACCGAUCCAGUAAGCCCCGCCCACUGUGCAUUUGGCAAAUUAACACGUGCUCCUCUCGAUCC